AUGAACACCAUGAUGAAUGAUCUUAUUGAAGAAUCGGAUGGAGACGGUCUGAAUUUGGAAUUGAACAUCGGAGAUAUGCCCCUCUUACCUGACGUACAGGGGAACAUCGACGAUGGAGUCCCUGAAUUGGAACCGCUCCCCAUGGAAGAGGAAGGAGAACAGGAAGAGGAAGAUAGUAAUGCUAAUGUAGAGUUGGCUACCGCCAACAUGGCUCAAUUACAACAAGGGUCUGCCCCGCUGGACGAGGAAGAUGACGAUUAUGAUGUAUUUAGGAAUGUCGGACUGGGACUGACAGGCCACUAUAAGGAAAUUAUGGUUCAGUAUUGGCAAGAAUUAAUUAACGAGAUUGAAUCCACAAAUGAACCAGGGUCCAAUCAUGAGGACGAUUUUAAAUCCAACUCUUUACCCUUUGCAAGAAUCAGGAAAGUUAUGAAAACGGACGAAGACGUGAGAAUGAUAAGUGCUGAGGUACCUAUUAUAUUUGCCAAGGCUUGUGAGAUAUUCAUAACGGAAUUGACCAUGAGAGCAUGGUGUGUGGCAGAGAAUAACAGACGGAGGACGUUGCAGAAGGCAGACAUCGCAGAGGCUCUCAAGAAAUGUGAUAUGUACGACUUCCUGAUCGAUAUAGUUCCUCGUAGCGAGACUAACCAACACCAAUGA